AAGGGAAAACUUUCCAUAUGCCUCAGUGUCCCGGGGAGCGUCUCCGCCCGGCUGGAGCAGCGCUGAAACCCACAGGGCCAGGGACAGAGGUGGAAGAGCUGAGUGUCCCCAGAUAAGCCCUGGGAGGGAGAGAAGAGAUUUCUCUGUGCCUGGGCCGAGAGGCGAACGCUGGCUCAGUAUUUCCAGGGAUUUCCAAAGCUUCGCUGAGCCAGAGCAGAGCAGCAGCAUCCCCCAGCCUGCAGGGACCGGCGACGGGUGCCUCAGGGAAGGGGCAGGAGACACUAAUGGUCAGAGUCAUCAGCCAGGGGUGAAGGGCGCCCAGGCUCCUGGCGCAGGGUGGGCAGGUGGUGCCGUGCCAGGCCCUGCUCCCUCUGGAUGGGCUGCAUGACAGAUGACAGCCGUGGAGGAGAGCGUGCUGCAGACCUGGAAGAGCAGCCCGGAUGCCUCGGACCCAGAGCUGCUCUACGAGGAGGAGGAGGAGGAGGAGGCAGAGCUCUCUGACACCAGCAGCAUCCUCUCCGACGACUCCGUCUACCCCUGCUACGAGCCCGCCCCGGCCGCGGAUGGUGGGCAGUCGCUCACCUUCUACCAGUGCUGUGCCAGGAAUGACGCCAAGCUGCUGCAGGAGAUGCUGGCGCGAGGGGUGAGCCGGGAGGAGGUCACGGAGCUGGAUAUCAACAGCAGGAAUGGGCUCAUGGUGGCCUGCUUCAAGGGCUUUGUGGACAUCGUGACCCUGCUGAGCAAAUGCCCCUAUGUAGACAUCAAUCACCAGGAUAAUGACGGGAACACGGCCCUCAUGAUCGCUGCCCAAGCAGGACACGUCACGAUAGUUAACUAUCUCCUGAACUACUACCCCAUGCUGGAGAUCGAGAAGAGGGACGUGCGGGGCCUGACAGCGCUCAUGAAGGCGGCAGUGCAGGGGCGGAAGGAGUGCGUCACCGCACUGCUCCUGGCAGGAGCUGACCUGACAGCGGUGGAUCCUGUCCGGGGGAAGACCGCCCGGGAGUGGGCAGGUCUGACUGGGCGCUUCGAGACCAUUGUGCAGAUCCGCAGCAUCCUGCAGCGACCCCGAGCCGAGCAGUUCAGUGACCAGUACCGGCCCGAGUGGCCGGCGCUGCCCGAGCUGGUGGCCCAGGCACUGGCCACUAAAUCCAGGUGCGAGAGGCUGUUGGAGAAGAUCUGCUCCAUCUUCAGCAUCAGCCUCCCGCAUGACCCCGAGGCGGACGGGGUGAUGGACCACAUGGUCCGGAUGACCACGUGCCUGGCCAGCCCCUUUGUGGCUACGGCCUGCCAAACCAUCUGCCCCAGGAGCCCCCCCGAGGUGGGCAAGCAGAGGCUGUCGGUGCCGGAGAUCCUCGAGGAGUACACGCCGGAUCCUGACGCCAAGUCCGAGCCCGACUCAUCCUCCUGCCACGGCCAGGCUGUGUCAGAGACCCGCGUCCUGGUCCCGUACCGGAGCCCCUCCGGCAUGCUGAGAUUCCUCCCCCUGCGGCUACUGCGCAGGAACAGCGUCUUCCCCGGAGCCCACAUCCCCAAAAUCAAACUGGUCAAGGCCCCCUUCCCCCCAGCCUGCCAGGAGAAGCCGCCGCGGGCGCGGAAAAGCAAGAACCUGCUGGAGCUGCCCAAGUGGAAGUACAAGGAGCUGAAGGAGGAGAAGAAGAGAGCGGCUGAGGCAGAGGAGAACCAGAAGGAGACGACGACGAAAACAAAGACGAGCAAAGGGAAGAAGUCAUAGGGGAGGGGGGAGCUCCUAGGACGGCAGCUGGCCAUGGGGGUCAGGCCCCAGGGACGCCUCAAGGACACGCUCGCCCUGUCUGCUGCUUGGGGGCUGCCCUGCCCUGAAAGGGCUUUUCACCAAGGGGCAGAGCAGAGCACGGCUGGUGGGCUCAGCGGUGAGAAAGAGACAUGGGGAGCUUCAAACCGCAUGUGAACGGUCAGCUGAACCCCACCGAGAACCCCCAGCC